UCUGUGGCUUGUGCGUAAUAGGGUUUGGCACACGGGUGCGCACCACGUAAACAAAAGCACAUUGUCGGUGUCACUGGCAGCCAGUCUGCAAUCCAAGAGUGGGAGAAGAAGAAGUGAACAGUCAUUUCCUUUUCUCUCCAGCCACUGAGUGGACUUCUUUUUUGUGUUUUUGGGUCAUUACAGCUUGAAUAGAUUCAACAGAGAUGGGAUUACUUGUCACUGUCCUCCUGUACUGGAUGGAGGUGUGAGGUAUUGAAUAUUUUAGUUUAUUCCAGUGGUUUAGGAAGAUAUAAAUGACUCGUAAGUGAUGCUUUUUUCUGUUUUAUAGCAGGCAAAGUUAAGCAGGCAUCAACAUCCUCUGGAAAAUAAGACAACUAAAGCUUUAAGGAGCCAUGCCGUGCGUCCAGACCCAGUGCGGCUCCUCUCCACAAGGAGCCAGCCCGGCCUCUCAGAGCGCCGGCGGAGAGCGCAGCUGCGACUUCCUCACCCCGGAGUUUGUCAAGUUCAGCAUGGAUCUAACCAACAGUGAAAUCUCGGCUGUAACGUCGGGGAACACUUUUGGACCUUUGGGUGACUCGUACGGCUCCAGCUACGACGUGAAGCCCCCGUGUCUCUUCCAAAUGCCGGUGCAAGGGGAGCUCCCGUGCGUCAAGGUGGAGGACGCGCACGGGUGUCCGAGGUAUCAGCCGAAUCAGCAUCACCAUCACCAGUCCGAGGAGCUGCUUUCCUCCCCGGGCUCUGUUUAUUACUACCGCUCUCCGUCGCCUAACUUCCAAACUCCACCUGGGCACCUAUGGGAGGACUCCGGGUCUAUGUACAGUUUUCGACAAGACUAUUUGGCGGCGGCGCACAGGAAAAACACACUCUCCAGGUUGUCGCUAUUUUCCCUCAAACACGCGCAGCAGCAGAGUUUAUCCGCCUGCCAAAUGAAAUUUGACGGAUCUCUCCAUGUUUCCAUGAGCCUGGACGCGGCCGGAGCGCACCAGGCGCUGGACAGCCCCUCAGUUUUGGGCUCCACUGCGCUCGGAAAACAACCUGGAGUUGGUGGAUUUCCUCACCCUCUCCAGCUCGCCCACGGCCACCACUUUAUGGACUAUCAGACUUCAUCCGCUGCCAGCCGAGGACCGCUGAGCACGGAGGGGCUGUGCGCGGUGUGCGGGGAUAACGCGGCUUGCCAGCACUAUGGAGUGCGCACCUGUGAGGGGUGCAAGGGUUUCUUCAAGCGGACAGUACAAAAAAAUGCAAAGUAUGUGUGUUUGGCUGCCAAAAACUGCCCUGUAGACAAGCGCAGGAGGAACCGAUGCCAAUAUUGUCGCUUCCAGAAGUGCCUUGUGGUGGGAAUGGUCAAAGAAGUGGUGAGGACAGACGGUCUGAAAGGUCGAAGGGGUCGCCUGCCGUCCAAACCUAAAGCUGUUCCUGACUCGUCUUCACCUGUCAGCAACCUCCUGAGUGCCCUCGUCAGGGCGCAUGUGGACUCGAACCCUCCACCUUCUCUUCUCAACUGCUUCAAAUUCAAGGAGAGUCCAGGAAGUCCACCAGGAGACGACGCUCAGCAUGUGCGGCAGUUUUAUGACCUCCUGACCAGAUCAAUGGAGGUGAUUCGAGGUUGGGCACAGAAGAUCCCGGGCUUCACCUCCCUGCCCAAACACGACCAAGACCUCCUCUUCUACUCGGCUUUCUUGGAGCUCUUUGUUUUACGGUUAUCAUACAGAUCCAACCCAGAGGAAGGGAAGCUGAUCUUCUGCGACGGCUCAGUGUGGCACCGACUUCAGUGCCUGCGAGGCUUUGGGGAGUGGAUUGACAGCAUCGUUGAAUUCUCUGCUAGUCUGCAAAGGAUGAACCUGGAUGUAUCCACUUUCUCCUGCAUAUGCACCCUCGCACUGGUCACGGAGCGACAUGGACUAAAGGAGCCAAAGAAGGUGGAGGAGCUGCAGAAUAACAUUGUGAAGUGUUUGCGGGAUGGAGACGGAAGCUCAAACUGUUGGUCCAACCAUUUGUCCAGACUUUUGGAAAAACUACGUGAACUCCGCACUCUGUGCAUUCAAGGCCUGCAGAGGAUUUUCUAUUUGAAGCUGGAGGAUUUGGUGCCGCCACCUGCAAUAAUAGAUAAGUUAUUCCUCGACACGUUGCCAUUUUAGAGACACGAGCGCCGUCAGAUUCCCCUUUGCUUCAAUGCCAACAGUCAGUUUGACAUCUGUUCACUGCAUAAAAACACAUUUUUAAAAUUUCUGAUGCAUUUUAUUUUGAAAUAUGUGACCUUUAAUUUCCUUCAACCGGGAUCAAAAUGACCAAUUUUGUUGCUGUGUACAAUAAAAAAAGGAGAAACUAAUUUAUAAUGCCACCUUAUCUUAUUUUUAUAUGUUUGUUAAAGAGCCUGUUUCCAGCCACAUUUGACAUUUUGUUCUGCUUCUUUGUAGCUAUAGAGGCAGUUUUGAUACUGUAGUGUACCAUUUUCAUAACACAUAUUAGUGAUUAAUAUAAUAAUAUUCUGUAGACUGUUGUGUUCUCAGAGUAAACCUGUCAUUGUCCAUGUUUUAAUAAAUAA